UCCUGCCAUCCCAGCUCAGCCCAGGUGUCACACCAGCACCUGCCACCCUCAAGGUGGAGAAAAUCCCCAGCAAACCUUCAUUUCCCUGCCUGUGGCUCCCCCAGGUGUCCCCAUUCCCACCCCUGUCUCCUCAGCUGCACCCAGAGCUCCAGCAGAGCCCUGUGGGGACGUGCUGGGGUGGAUUUUCUCUUUGUCCCUGGCAGGGACACCGAUGUCCACACCGUGGCCUCCCUGCUCAAGCUGUACCUGCGGGAGCUCCCGGAGCCCGUCGUGCCCUGGCUGCAGUACGAGGAUUUCCUGCUCUGUGGGAAGGUUCUGGAAGCUGAUGAGACAAAGGGCCAGCAGGAGCUGCUGAAGCAGCUGUCCCUCCUCCCCAGGGACAACUACAACCUCCUCAGCUACAUCUGCAGGUUUCUCUUUGAAAUACAACUGAACUCCAGCAUCAACAAGAUGAGCGUGGACAACCUGGCAACAGUGAUUGGAGUGAACCUCAUCAGGCCCAGGGUAGAGGACCCUGCAGUUAUCAUGAGAGGCACACCCCAGGUGCAGAAGGUGAUGACUGUGAUGAUCAGUGACCACCAAAAGCUCUUUCCCCCAUCCAAGGACGUUCCUCCUUCCCCACCUGCCCCAAAAAACGAGAAGAAAUCUCCUGUCCCUCGCAGCUCUGUGGGCUGGGGGGCUGCAGAGGACCCCACAGCUCCCAGAGCCUCCACCCAGGGCCAAAUGGGGGAUCACCCCAACUCCAGCAGUGUCCCUGGGCAGGACACAGAGCCCAGGGACACUCUGGGAAGGUGGGAAACACAGCCAAGGAAAAGAACCCAGACUUUACCCACGAGGAAAUCCUUCCUGGCAGCGGCUGCGGGGGAGAAGGGCAGCAAGGAGAGGAGCGAUGCCCUGAGCAGUGAUGUUUGGAGAGGCAGCCCUCACCCCACAGCCUCUGAUGGACACAAGAGAACGUUGUCUCAUGAUCUCUUCAAGCUGCUGGACCUGCACAGGGCCUGUGAGAGCGUUUUCCCCUGGCAGGGAGAGAGUGGGGAGGGCUCCAGCCCUGCCAGCAGCAUCUCGGAGAAGGAAUUCCUGCCCUGCUUCAGGCACGAGCCAAAGGAAGGUGCCAGUGCCACCAGCAGCCCUGGAGAGGAGCCCAGCCCCGAGCAGGACAGCAGGGAGUGCCUGCAAAGCCUGCUCCUCAAGCUGGACACAGAUCUGGAGCAGCAGAGAAAUCACUACGAGGGGCAGAUGAAAAGCCUCCAGAAGGAAAACCACGAGGUCUGGGCCAAAGUGGUGAGGCUGGAGCAGGAGCUGGAGCAGGAGAAGAGGAAAUGUGAGGAGCUGGAGCUGAGGCUGAUGAGGGCAGAGCACGCCCGGGACGAGCUGGAGAGGAAAACCAAGGUGCUGCAGGAGGAGAUAAAAAACUUAACUCAAGCCACGAGUCAGACUGGUGCCAAAAGCAACUAGGAGGGGACACUCAGCUUCUCCCAGACAACAAAUGCAGCUGCACAAAUGCACAGGAGCUGCAGCUCCAGAGCCUGGGACUUGCAUUGUGCAGGGUCCUGCUGCUGCCCACAGGCCGAGGGGGAGGAAGGAGAGCAGAGCUCAGAGCUUGGUUCACUCUCUGAACCUGGAAAUUUCAAAAAUAUCCUUUAGAUUUA